CAUCAUGGCGAUUGAUGGUGGCGAGCGUAACUGUGGAGUACAUGAGCUGAUCUGCGUCAGAAAAGUCUCUCCAGAGGUGCUGGGGUUUCUGACUGCCAUCGGACUCUUCAUCAUCCUCAUGACCCUCCUGUUCUGGUACCUCAACAACAAGUUGGCACUAGAGAACCCAGGGAACCUUCAGUGCCUUGAUGACUUCAGGAAAAAAAACGAUCUCCAAGACAAGGCCUACUCUGAUGCCGACCUGCAGGGCUCGUCAUCGGACAGCGAGGAUGAACUGAUGGGUCAGUAUCAGGAAGCGGUCAGCCGCUCCCAAGGCCUCCGAGGAGGAGCCAAGGCGGCUGCUAAUACCAAACACGCAGGAGGCUUCAGCUGGGAGAGCCGGCAGAAGUACAGCCCUCUGACUGCUGAUUAUGACGGCUACAGCAGUGAAGCCUCGGCUGACGAUGCCAACUGCAUCCAGAGGAUGAGACGAACACCACCACUGGAUGAGCUUCAGCCACCUCCUUAUCAGGAUGAGAAUGGCUCUCCAAGGAUGUCCUGUACGCUGUCUGACCUGGGAGAUGCCAAGUGUGAUCUGUCCCAUACCAGUGGCAGUCCCCACCUAUCCUUUGGCAAAUGCCCCAGUGAGUGCAGUGACGGCCAUGAGACGGAGAGUUACCUCAACAAGGGCUAUGAGGAAGAUGUACCCAGUGACAGUACAGCUGUCCUCAGCCCAGAGGACAUGUCAGCCCGUGGAUCAGCAGCUCAGCUUCCUAAAGGUUAUGAGCCGGAUCCAGUUGCAAAAUAUGGCACCCUGGAUGUGGUGUUUGACUACGACUCAGAGGACCAGCAACUGGCGGUCACCAUCAUGGCAGUAUCGGAUCUCCCCGCCCUAAAACGCACCGGCAACAUCUCCUGGCAGGUCCACCUGGUGCUGCUGCCCACCAAGAAGCAGAGGGCCAAGACAGGAAUCCAGAGAGGUCCAUGUCCAAUCUUCACUGAGACUUUCCGCUUUAGCCAUGUGGAGUCGGAGAUGAUCAGCAAUUACGCCAUCCGAUUCCGCCUUUAUAGUAUGCGGCGUAUGAAGAAGGAGAAGGUGCUCGGGGAAAAGGUGUUCUACCUCACCAAGCUCAACCUUCAGGGCAAAAUGUCUGUGCCGGUCAUAUUAGACCCAUGCUGUGCUCUCCCGGGUGGUGAAUCCCAGGUAAGCCUCUCAGAUAUGACAUGCAGUGAAAGCGCCUCAUCAUUCCAGUCAGUCAGUCAGACUUCCACACCAGAGAUCCUUGUGGGCCUGGUGUACAACGCCACAACAGGACGUCUCUCAGUGGAAAUCAUCAAAGGCAUCCAUUUUAAAAACCUUGCUGCCAACAAGCCACCCAAUGGGCUGUUCUGUUGUCUAAAACACUUGAUAGGUGGACAGGUUUAUAUUAUCAGAGAUACAUAUGUUAAGCUGACCUUACUGAACUCCAUGGGCCACGAGAUGUCCAAGUGUAAGACAUCCAUCUGCCGAGGUCAGCCCAACCCAACCUACAAAGAGACGUUUGUCUUCCAGGUAGCUCUUUUCCAGCUAUCGGACGUCACGCUUAUCCUCUCCGUCUACAACAAGCGCAGCAUGAAGCGUAAGGAGAUGAUUGGCUGGAUCUCGCUCGGCCUCAACAGCUCUGGAGAGGAGGAGCUCACCCACUGGACUCAGAUGAAAGAGUCUAAAGGACAGCAGGUUUGCCGCUGGCACAGUUUGCUGGAGUCCUAA